UUCAGCGAGAAGAUCAGUGGAGCAGAAGGGACAAAACUCGAUGAAGACUUUCAAGAGAUGGAGAAGAAAAUUGAUGUCACUAGCAAGGCAGUGGCAGAGCUCUUAACCAAAGCUACAGAAUAUCUCCAACCUAACCCAGCCUACAGAGCUAAGCUAGGAAUGCUGAACACUGUCUCCAAGAUCCGGGGGCAAGUGAAGGCCACAGGAUACCCACAGACCGAAGGAUUGCUUGGGGACUGUAUGCUCCGGUAUGGGAAGGAACUGAGAGAGGACUCCACCUUUGGCGCUGCGCUGAUCGAUAUGGGAGAAAGUAUGAAGCAGAUGGCAGAAGUGAAAGACUCCCUGGAUAUCACCAUCAAGCAGAACUUUAUUGACCCUCUACAGCUACUGCAGGAGAAGGAUUUAAAAGAGAUUGGACACCAUCUAAAAAAAUUAGAAGGCCGGCGUCUAGAUUAUGAUUACAAACGGAAGCGUCUAGGGAAGAUUCCAGACGAGGAAGUGAAGCAAGCCAUUGAGAAGUUUGAAGAGUCCAAAGAACUGGCAGAACGGAGCAUGUUCCACUUUUUGGAAAAUGAUAUAGAGCAAGUGAGCCAGCUGCUAGUCUUAGUAGAAGCUGCGCUGGAUUACCAUAAACAGUCUGCAGAAAUUUUGGAGGAUCUGCAGAGCAAGCUACAAAAUCGGAUAAAUGUAGCUUCAAGUCGCCCUAAACGUGAAUUUAAGCCCAAGCCAAUCACACGGACGCAUCUGGAAAUAAGCAAUGGUCAACCACACAAUGGAAUUUCCUUCAGUCCAUCAAUUAAAUCAUCAGGUUCUUCGUUGCACAUGGACCAACCUUGCUGCCAAGCCUUGUAUGACUUUGAGCCUGAAAAUGAAGGGGAGCUUGGCUUUAAGGAAGGCGACAUCAUCAUGUUGACCAAUCAGAUUGACGAGAACUGGUAUGAAGGCAUGUUAAAUGGGGAAUCCGGAUUCUUCCCCAUCAGCUAUGUUGAAGUCAUUGUCGCCCUGCCGCAGUGAGCAUCUCCUUUUCCUGCUGAUGCAACCAAAACAUUCUUUGUGCCCAAAGCCGUGUUUUCACCUGCGCUCCGAAAGUCUGUGCUUCUUCUGACCAACUUAACUGACUUUUGUAUGCGUUUUUAAAGGAAUAUAUUUAUUUUGUAUCCAUACCAUUUGUUUUUCAAAUUAUGAAGCCCUGUUGGUUAUAAGCAAAGAACAGUAGCCGGCCCUGUGCUUUUUGUGCCUUGAAAAUCUCGCGGAGGCUUUUCCCGAAAGCCAAGCUAUUGAUGCCGAUUAUUGCAACGGGAAGCCAUUCAUCGAGGGAUGAAUUUUAUUUUGUGGGUACAAAUUUGACAGCUACUCUGAGUUGGUUAUCCUUGACCCACUACUGUUACAUUGAACUUAACUGUGAAAAGCUGAUACUUACCGUGUACUUUUUGACUAGAGAAAAAUGAUUGCUUCCUUGAUAUUCCUGUAUUAAGUCAACGUUAUCCUCCAAUGCUUUUAACUCUUCACU